CCGCACUCGCUUGUUUCUGUUUUUCCCUCCCCCCUCUCUUCCCCCGAUAUGUUUGUGCAGUUUCCAAGUGCCUUUUAUAUCCACGGAUGUUCGUAAUCUUUCGGUACCUGCAUAUCCUGUGAGUGUAAUUUGCUUUUCCGCAGUUUUCAUUGAUAAGGAAAGCGGACAUUUAUCUACUUUUGUCCAUAUCAUUUGGCCUUCAGUUGUGCCGGACCUCUGGAGCUAACCUUUUUCCACUCCAAGCUGCUCUUGAUCAACGAAAGAAAGUCAAAAUGGGUUGUGCAGCUAGUUCUAAUGGUGAAAAAGCAGCAGUAGAAAGAUCAAAGAAAAUCGACAAGAGUCUCCGAGCCGAAGGAGAAAGAAUUGCAAAUGAAGUCAAAUUACUUUUGCUUGGAGCUGGAGAAUCUGGAAAAUCUACCAUAGUCAAGCAAAUGAAAAUUAUCCACGAGACUGGUUACAGCUCAGAAGAACGUGAACAAUUCAAGUCUGUUGUUCAUAGUAAUACCAUACAAAGCUUGAUGGCAAUCAUUCGUGCUAUGGGUCAGCUGAAAGUAGAUUUUGCGGAUUCUAACAAUGCAAAUGUAGCAAGACAAUUUUUUACCAUUGCAUUAUCUCUGAAAGAGGGAGAAUUGAACAACGAAUUAGUACAAUUGAUGAAAGCUUUAUGGCAAGAUGCUGGUGUUCAGCACUGCCUUACCCGCAGUCGUGAAUAUCAGCUGAAUGAUUCUGCUGCGUAUUAUUUAAAUGCCUUGGAUCGCAUAACACAGCCAAACUACAUCCCCACUCAGCAAGAUGUCUUAAAAACUAGAAUCAAGACUACAGGAAUUGUCGAAUCACGGUUUUCUUUCAAGGGAUUGCAUUUUAAGAUGUUCGAUGUUGGUGGUCAGCGAUCAGAGAGGAAAAAAUGGAUUCACUGUUUUGAAGAUGUCACUGCAAUCAUAUUCUGCGUUGCUUUAAGUGAAUAUGAUUUGGUACUUGCAGAAGACGAAGAAAUGAAUCGCAUGAUUGAAUCGAUGAAACUGUUUGAUUCUAUUUGCAAUAGCAAGUGGUUCGUGGAUACAUCUAUUAUUCUGUUUCUAAACAAAAAAGAUUUAUUUGCAGAAAAAAUUUUUAAAAGUCCACUAACAGUAUGUUUCCCAGAAUAUAAGGGACAAAACACUUUUGAGGAGUGUACUGCCUAUAUACAAAUGAAGUUUGAGGAUCUGAACAAGCGCAAAGAACAAAAACAAAUGUAUACACACCUCACGUGCGCCACAGAUACAGAUAAUAUCCAAUUUGUGUUCGAUGCUAUUACUGAUAUCAUCAUAGCAAACAACCUAAGUAGCUGUGGCUUAGUCAGUUAAGAGAAUAGUAAUUAGAACUGCUUUGUGGGAAUUAUACGAUUCAUCAGUGGUUGGUUAAAUGGUGAAAUAGCAAUUACUACUCUUAAAACUGAAUAGACAAAGAUGCAAUUCAACAAUAGCCUUUCCAGUAAUAUAUUUUUAUAACACAAGACAAUUGCAUGACGGUAAGAAUCAAAGUAUAUUCGUAAAACUGAUGGAAAGGAUGGCUGAUUGAGAACCUCGGAACUAUAUUUUGGUUAAAAUUUAUAUAAAGUUAAAAAAAAAUUAAUUUUUAUAGAUAUGCACGAUUUUACACAAUUUUAAGCAGCUAAAUAAUAAUAUCCGCUUAACACCAACUUUCUUAAUGAUGAAAUAUAAUUAGAUGCAUUAUUUUAAAGCUUAUAUUAAACUCAUUCAGAAUGCAUGACAAAACCGAUAAUCAUCGAAAAUACAAAGAUAACUGAAACUAUAUAAGCUUGACUAGUUUAUCGUAUAUUAAAUUAAUUCUUUACUUACUUUACUUAUUUAAACUUAUGUUUUACAAUUUAUACAAUGUAUCAUGACAAUGAUGAUGAUUUAAUCUCUAAAGAUAGUUUUCAACAGUUCUAUGUUCAAAAUAUUGUUUUACUUCAUACAACGUUAUAUACUAUUGAAAUAUAUAAGUACCUAUUUCACGGUGUGCAUCACUAGUAGAAAAAAAAAGUAUUUUUAAUACAGUUUUGUACCAAUGAUAAAUAUUACAUGCACAACGAUCAAAUAACUUUUGUUACUAAUUUUUACAAUAACAGAGCAAUGAUAUUAUAUAAAAAUAUGGUAAUUAAGCGCACAAAGCGUACAAAAGUUUACCUUGCCAUUUAGAUUGUAAAAAAGAAGGUUAUGAUAAAAAUAUUAAAAUUGUGAAUGUAAAAAAAGACUUUUAGUAGCACAAUCUAACAAAGUUAUGACAUUUUUCUAAUUUUAUGCCUGUAAAUACGAAACACGCGAAAGUUUAUGAUUGUAAGAGCUAAAAUACGAUUUUUAUAUUAAACACAUUUUUUAAUGCUUAGAUAUUA